CUGAACCAAGAAGUUCUGAGUACCGUCUGGCACUUACCUCCUCUUUCUCCUUUUCCCUCUCUUCACCGAACAUUUACUUUCGAGGCUUUGCGUUUGGGAAACUGCUGAUCAUACAAGUCUGAUCUACAGAUUCUUACAGGCACUAUGACGUCGACCCCGAAUCACACGCUACUAUUGAGUACCGACUACGGCAAGAGCUCGAAGGAGCUGAUAGAGUUCGUGGGUGAGCUUAGGUCACUAGGUGCACAUAUUGACCUCGAGCUUCCCCGCAUCGUCGUUAUUGGCAAUCAGAGUGCCGGGAAGUCCAGCUUAGUGGAAGCAAUCUCAGGGAUCAGCGUACCUCGCGAUGCCGGCACUUGCACUAGGUGCCCCAUGGAAUGCCGGUUGGCAUAUGUUCCCAGCGAAUGGUCCUGCCAAAUCAAGAUUCGCUGGGAAUACGAUGAAAAGGACAAGAGAUACGAAGAGGUGUCCGAAGUGGACUUCGGUGCCCUGUUGACGGAUAAGGCUAAAGUCGAGCCCAUGCUACGUCGGGCGCAAGCCGCAGUGCUCAAUCCGCACGUUCUGAAGGACGAUUUUGUGGACAUGAGUGACGAGAAGUUGAGGGCUCCGAAGAUAGCGGGGCGAAAGCCCCUUCUAUUUUCCAGGAACGUUGUGUGUGUUGAGCUCGCCGGUCCCGACCUCGUUGACUUGUCUUUCGUUGAUUUGCCUGGCAUUGUUCAGAAUGCUGAUGCGGAGAUUGUCAAGCUAGUCGAGGAUCUCGUUACAUCGUAUAUACAGGGCACAAGUCUGAUUCUCGUGACAUUACCCAUGAGUGAUGACAUCGAGAAUCAAAAGGCCGCUAGGCUGGCUAAGCUUGCGGAUCCCCAAGGUCUUCGAACGAUAGGAGUCAUGACAAAGCCCGACAUGCUGACUGCAGGUGCAACAAAAGCACGGAGCUUGUGGCUCGAAGUAUUGGAAGGACGGCGUCAUCCUCUUCGUCACGGCUACUACUGCACUCGCCAACCAGACGACGACGAGCGUACUAGGGGUAUCACUACCGCGGAAGCCCGUGCGGCAGAGUCUGCAUUCUUCCAGAAUACCACCCCCUGGUGUGAAUCGACACACCGCGAUCGUUUCGGGACGACGUACCUCGUGCAAAACAUCAGCAGCCUUUUGACCCAGAUCAUCCGUGAAUCCUUGCCCGUACUGAUCGAUCAGGUCGCGACGCAACUCGAAAGUUGCAAUGCUCAACUCGCGAAACUUCCUCCGGCAAUCACAACUGAGCCGACAGCUUACGUGGUAGAGCUCGUCACUGAGUUCUCAACAGAGUUGGCCCAGUCCGUCCGUGGUUCUCCCACAAACACUGCACUCGUUCAGAGCACUCGUCGCAUAUAUGGUUCCUUCAAGCACGCCAUCCGUUCAUCCGCCCCGCCUUUCGUACCCUACAAGGACGCUACACAUGCUCCUAGAGAUAUCUCUGAGUAUGUGCGCGUCGACGCCCAGGACCGCAGCGCUGGGAAGAAGUCCUUUGGCAAUAUCAUGUACUUGGAGGACAUUCGGGAACACAUUAGCGCGUCCAUCACUCGCGAGCUUCCCGGAAAUGUGCCAUACGCUGCAAAGGAGUCCCUCUUACAGUCCUUCCAGCAGUCGUGGGAAAGCACUGCCUCGAGCUCUUUCGAUGCCGUCCAAGAAGCCUUUCAGCAUACUUUAUCGAAACAAAUCAAGAAAUACUUCGAGAGGUACGGUAAUCUCAUGGCCAUCGUAAAACCUUUAGUGUCUGAACUAGUUCGCCAGUGUGCCGAGCGCACUGCGUUACAGAUGCGGACGGUUUUACAGCUAGAAACGUCGCCGUUCACUCAGAACAAUCAUUACUUGAGUGAAUGUCGCGACAAGUGGCUCGCGAAGUAUAAGGAUGCCCGUGCCGGUGAGAGCGCGGCAGAGCGUGUCAAUCCCGCUCCAUCCGCUCCUGCCCAUCCCGUUCCUUUCACUUUCGCUAGCACUGCAUCAAAGACCGGAGAGAAGGAGACUAAGACAGUUAAGGCGAAUAACAAUCCGACAAAGAAGGCUGCUACGCCUAAAGCACGUCAAGCUAAACAGCAGGUGCAGCCUCAGAAGGACAGCUCGUCUUCUUCUGACUCUUCGAGUGACGAUGAAGAUGAGGAUGAGGAUGAGGCCCAGCCGGUCACCCAAGCGGGGAUGAAGUCUUCUAAAGCUGCGCACACCUUCAGCUUCCUACCGGCGGCGACUACACGCCCUGCGGCGCCAUCUAUGGACGGGAACGAGAAGCAAACGCUGAUCCGGGAAACCCUCGCAAAUCUGACGAAGCUCGGAUAUCAUGGGCUUGGGGAGGUUGACCUGGGGAAGCUGAACCCGCCCGAUAUCUACGAAGAGGAGUUGCAAGUGAUGGCUGAAGUGCGAGCAUAUUUCCAAGUCGCUUACAAGCGCGUAAUCGAUUACAUACCUCUGUCCAUCGACCACCAUUUCCUAUACGCGUUCUCCGUGGAAGUGCAGCGACUGCUGUUCGAGCGCCUCGGGCUCGGAACUGUUGACGCUGCGAGACGCUGCAGCUCGUAUAUUGCUGAAGACCCCACAAUCGUCAGCACCCGCGAUGAACUCACAGCGAAGAAGAAGCGGCUGGAGAGCGUCCAGCGAGCACUGUUCAAUUUUGGCCUACAGUAGACUGAUGUCCCCCUCAAUUCCAUCAUUGACUGAUCGCUUUCAACAGCUUCAAUAUGCUCUGCCUUUCUUUUCCGUAUUGACCUCUUUCUGUUAGUCGCUCAUGAUGCUUUUCUCGUGCUUUCUAUCAUCAUUGCCUCGAGAUGUAGUCUCAUAACCUCGCAUUGUAUAGACGAUUCAAUCUGGCAUAGUCGACCUGCUCUUCUGUAGUACACUUAUGAAACAUUUCAGAGUGUCCGGUAGAAUCGUUAGCAUAAGC